ACGAAGCGUAUGGGCGCACCUGGCAACGCCUCCUUCCUGCACAGCUAGGACUUCAAUUAGUUUCUUUAAUUUAGGUUGAAGUGGUUUGGAGUUACUCGCCGCACCAGGGAGGAGUAAGCCAGCAGGAUGGACGUCACAGAGGAAAAUCUGGCACAGAAGGAGAUGUGUGAGGAAAUAGCAGAGCUGAAUUUCAGCCUAAACCAGCAGAAGGACCUAAAUGCUAAGAUGAGGCAAUGGCUGGAUGUCUCAGAUGAUGAAAUGGCAAUGCUGCGCUCAGACAAUGCCUUCCUCAGGAAACAAGUGAAAGACCAGGAGAAGAUCAUCAGGGAAGCACAGCAGGUUGAAGCAGAGCCUUGCAGAGGUCUCCUGGCUGAUGACCUGGAAGCAAAGAAAUGCCUCGAAAAAAAGAUUCAGGAAUUGGAGAAGGAAUCCAGCUCUUUGAAGGAGCAGAAUAAGCAGCUAACUGCAGAGCUCAAGAGCCUUCAGCAGGAGAGAGACCGAGACAAGAUCACCUUGAGAAAGUCCAAGGCUACACUUCAAGCCCUCGAGUGGGAAAUGGCAGAGGCUGAGUUAGGGCUGCAGGUUAGGGAUGAGGUUAUUCAUCAGAGAGACUUGCAGUUAAAAUACGCAAAGGAAACAGUAGAAGAGUGCUCCAACAUCAUAGAGGAUCUCAGGCUGACCAACCAGGCGCUGAAAGAGCAGUUGGAGGACAGACUGGAUGAGGCUUCACUUGCUACUGAGAAUGACCUGAUGGGAGGAAAGGAAGGACCACUUAGUCCCCCUCUGUCCUUUGCACUGGAGAUGAAGCUGCUGGCCUCGUCAGCUGAAGUGAAAACCAGCAUGUCAGACUCCACAGAUCUCAGAAAUGAGGAGACUGAGAAGCUGCGGAAACCUCAAAGUCUCACAGUAGAACGUCAGAACAGAAGGUGUGCAGGUAUCUUGGAAACAGCCCUCCAGACAGCAGAAGUAUUUCUGCUGUCUGUCAUCGCUCUCACAGUUUUAGCCUUCGUAGCUUCAGGAAGCUGUUCAGGAAACUUUUUUCCCAUCAACAAGUUGUGGAGUGGUGCGCGCUUGAUGUUACAGCCCUACUGCAGUGUGCAUUAUGGAGCCUUACCUCCUGUUUGAUCUGAACGCUCUUAU